ACCUUAUUCAGAGGGCAGGGAGAGGGAUCUGAAUCUAAUCCAAAAAAGACAACGCUACGUAAACAACUGGCGAUCCGAGAGGUGGACUUUCUCACCCGCCGGACGGGCGGUUUUGAAAUUCCUCUAGGCAGCGAGGCCGUGACCUACGAGGACGUGAGAAGGAGAGAGGAGAGGCACCCCCGCGGCAGGGAACGGCCAGAAGCAGCUCGCGUGGAGCCCGACCCUCGCCGCGACGCCGACGCUUGGUCCUUGGGGAAGGAGAGAAUUGGAGAAGGGGUCACCGCCUGAGGCAGAAGCGGAAUGGCCGGACUGAAGUACAUGUCGGGGUUCGGGAACGAGUUCGCGUCCGAGGAUCCCCGCUGUCCCGGAGCUCUGCCGGAGGGUCAGAAUAACCCUCAGGUGUGUCCCUACGGCCUGUACGCCGAACAGCUGUCGGGGUCGGCGUUCACUUGCCCCCGGGGCUCCAACAAGAGAAGCUGGUUCUACAGGAUCCUCCCUUCCGUCUGCCACGAGCCCUUCGAGCCCGCCGACCAGGGCCACCUGACGCACCGCUGGGAUGAGGUCGGCCCGGACCCCAACCAGCUCAGAUGGAAGCCGAUCGAGAUCCCCAAGGCCUCUCAGAAGAAGGUGGAUUUCGUGGCCGGGCUGCACACCUUGUGUGGAGCCGGCGACAUCAGGUCCAACUCCGGGAUUGCAAUCCACAUCUUCACCUGCAACUCCUCCAUGGAGGACAAAUGCUUCUACAAUUCAGACGGGGAUUUCCUGAUCGUGCCGCAGCAGGGGAAGCUGCUUAUUUACACCGAGUUUGGGAAGAUGCUGGUGGAGCCCAAAGAAAUCUGCGUGAUUCAGAGAGGCAUGCGCUUCAGAGUGGACGUCUUCCAGGAGACCAGGGGCUACAUCCUGGAGGUCUACGGGGUCCACUUCGAGUUGCCCGACCUGGGACCCAUCGGUGCUAACGGGCUGGCCAACCCCCGGGAUUUCCUGGUGCCCGUGGCCUGGUACGAAGAUCGCCAAGCGCCCGGCGGCUACACCGUGCUCAACAAAUACCAGGGCCGGCUGUUCGCCGCCAAGCAGGCGUCCUCCCCCUUCAACGUGGUGGCCUGGCACGGGAACUACACGCCCUACAAGUACGACCUGGACCUCUUCAUGGUCAUCAACAGCGUGGCCUUCGACCACGCGGACCCCUCCAUCUUCACGGUGCUGACCGCCAAGUCCCUCCGGCCCGGCGUGGCCGUCGCCGACUUCGUCAUCUUCCCGCCCCGCUGGGGGGUCGCCGACCACACGUUCCGGCCUCCUUACUACCACAGGAACUGCAUGAGCGAGUUCAUGGGCCUCAUCCACGGGAGCUACGAGGCCAAGGAGGAAGGGUUCCUGCCCGGAGGCUGCAGCCUGCACAGCGCCAUGACCCCGCACGGGCCCGACUCCGACUGCUUCGACCGGGCCACCGAGGCCAGGCUGGAGCCCGAGAGGGUGGCCGACGGAACCAUGGUGAGGACCCCCCCCGCCUCCGGGCCGGGGGGCGGGCCACGUCCGGGGGUCGGGGGACCCCGCCGGCUCAGGGGAUGCGCUCCGCCGGCCGGCCCUGCCCGGCCCAGGCGGGCCGCGGGAGCGGCGGGGCCGACGCCCACCGGUCGGAGAUGGCACCCGCGCCGCCUUCGUACGGUCCUCGUGGGCAGGGAAUGCCCGUCUGUUCUCCUCCUGUCCUCUCCCCGGUACUCAGCACGGCGCUCCGCGCACGGCAAGCGCUCGAUAAAUACCCCCGACUGACUCCUAACUAGCCGGCAUCCCCUCCGUGCAACAUCGAAGCCGGCUUCGGUCUGUCCGGCGGAGCCUCCCUCGAUCCGAUAACAUUUACUGAGCGCUCACCGCGGGCCGAGCGCGGCACGGCGGGUAGAGCCCACGCCUGGGAAUCGGAAGGCCGUGGGUUCCAAUCC